CUUUUCAAUGUGCUUCUAAUGAAAGCUAAUGGCUGCCGAACCCUAAUCGCGAAACAGCUGAUGUGCUUCGCUUAUUUGUAAUAAAUUAGUGUUUUAUCUUGUGUGUUAUUAUAAUUAUAUAGAUUAGAUGAUCCGUCACUUGUGCUUUAACUUUAUGCGACGUACAGGAUGUCACUGACCAUACAACAAAUAAUUUUGGACGCUAAAAGACUGGCUGGCCGUCUAAAGGAGCGUGAGACAGAAGCAGAUGCUCUGCUAACCGAAACUCAAACAGCUUACAGACAAAUUAGCACUAUGAAACAGUACAAAGAAGAAGUAGAUACUCUUAAUGAGGCUUCAAGGGAAAGACCGAGAGGAGAAUUAAUCGCAAGUAUAGAAAGAGAAUCUCGAUUAAUGAGAGAUGUUCAGCGGGAGAAUGGGGAGCUCAGAGCUGCAUUGGAAGAUCACAGGAGAGCAUUGGAGCUGAUCAUGUCUAAAUACAGACAACACACUGAAAAGAGAGUAUGGGAGUCGAGGAUAGAUUUCACAGCCGCCAUUAACGAGAAGCAGCAAGAGUUAAUUCGCCAGCAAGCCGAGCGCAUUAAUGAAAUGACUAGUAUAAUGUACAAAGCAGUCAACAUGGAUGCACAUGGUGAUUCAAGGAAGGAAGAAGAAUUAUACCAAAGGCUUAUUACAGAGAAUAAGGGUCUCCGUGAAAUGCUGGACAUCUCGCGGCGGUACGGCUCAGACAAGGCGUAUGCGCCGCCCACUGAGGACAAAGACGUCCAAACGGACGGGCCGCCCAUGUCGGGCGCGUGACGACCCGCUCUCGACACGUGCCGCCUCUGAACGACAAACCACGCACCUCAUACCAUACAUGUGAACGUUUUCUCGUGACACAGACAUUUGUGCAACAAAUCUCAUGUAUGUGACCAACUCAACUACAUUCAAGGCCCCUUACCUACCCGGUUAUGAACUCUCUCAUGGUAUUAUUGAAAUCUUUCUCUAUUGGUUGUAUUUAAUAUUUGUUAUUCAUUAUAGUAUCUAAAUAUAUGUUCUGUCUGUGCUCAGCGCUUGUGAUGAAACACCUUUUGUUGAAAUUUCCAGAUGUGAUGAAUGUUUGCUUAAUACUUAUGGCAUUACUGUGAUCUUUAGAAUCUACAUUAAUUAUAACAUGCUACUAAUGCCAGCUUAACAAUAAUUUAGUAUCUGGUACAGAUAUAAAUUGAACAAAAAUUGAUAUCUCCCGAUUUAAGCAUAAAUUUCUUAUGUAGCAAGAAAUUUACCCUUCACAUAUAUUUUUUUAAGUCACACAGAUUUUAUUUGUCUUAAAAACUUAAAUAAAAAAUCAGUCGUAGUGGCAGAAUCAAUAUAAAUGUUCAUUUAUUUUUUUAGAUAAAAAUGUUUCUGUACAUAGUCCCUAUUAAGAUACUGCAUUAAAAUCGAAAUUGUGUGUGGAAAUUAAACAAAAUGUUUUUAUUUUAUGAUUAUUGCCAGUAUAGUUAUGUGGUAAAUUUCAUACUUUGCAAUCUCUACAAGCUAUUAAAUAUAUCAAAUAAAAAACAUGUAUUAGAUGUACUGUGCUAUUUAGACAAUAUGAUAAUAAAUUGUAUAGUUUAUAUUGCAAAGAAUUUCGACUUUUCUUUCUCUUUCAGUUUAGUAGAUAUUAAAAUUAAGAUUUAGUAGUAUAUUCAUAAUGUUAAAACUUAUAACUCAGUAGAUUAUAGUUAGUAGAUUUUUGAAGUAAGUAUAUUCACAUCUAUGUCGUAGUAAGAUUUUAUUAAAAUUAAGCAUGACACCAGCAUCCAUAAAACUUUCUUAUAAGAAAUAUUGUAUACAAUGUUUCCAUUGUUAUUUCCAAUAAGAAGAUAGUUGUGCAAUAUGCAUUUUAUGACAAACACAUUUUAUCACAUAACUUAAUCCUUGAAAAAGCAAUAAUCUGUUUAUCCUUACUACGACAUACAAAACAUACAGUUAUGGAAGCAAUGAGGGCACAAUCAAAAGUUUUAUAUUUAUGACAUCUAUCAUUUUAGAACUGGGAAUCUAAAUAUAAUAUUUUUUCUGAAACAUUAUAUUUGAUAAUUCUUUCCUUAAUAAUUCCUAUUUUUCACUGUAAAAAAGUACCCAAGCAGAGAUAGACUGCUUCAAAAUAAUUGUAUUGUAAUGGUUAAACAGUGGGACAUAAUCAAUCUUUUACCCUUCCUGAAAUCACCAGAGGCAUGUGUUUAUUACUGCCUAACUAUUAAUUGAUGUGUUGGUCAUACUAUUAUAAUACAUAGUGAUGAAAUGUUAAUAUCAAUCCUUUGCUUUUGAUCAGUAUUACAAAAUUUUUAAAAGAUUCCAAGGGUUUUCGUUAAUUUAUUCAUUAACAAGAGUUAAACUUUCUAAAUUAUUUCUUUUAAUAGAAAUUAUAAACAAAUAAAAACAGUAAAACCUAUAAAUCCGGUUACAUAGCCAGGUAGGAUAUAUAUUUUUAGAUUUUAAAAAACUAAAUAAUUGAUAUAAAA